AUGGGUAUGACUGGCGCUGGCAAGUCAAGCUUGAUUUCCAGCGUGUUGUCGUGGUCGGGCACUAUCCGAAGAGCUGUGUCCAGAAGACAGCUGUAUACAGUGACAGACCGACUGCCUAUCUAUGAGAAGAACAUUUGGUCCGACUUGAAGUCGGGCGCUAAUCUGGAAGACAAAGAGAACGGGACUGAUAUGAGUGUCUUACAUUUCGCGGCCAGCAAGUUACCUGAUGCAGUGUCUCUUCUUUCGGCUUCGGCUUCUGCGAUUGUUGCCACAGCUUGGAACAAUGCAAACAACAAGGCCAUCAUCAGGUCUCAACACCAAGUCAUAGAGUCUACAAUAAACAGCGGUUCUCGCCUGCCCACAAUGAAUCCAAGCUUGACCGGGUUCGUGCUGGCCGUGAGCACGUAUUCGAUUGCAAUAGUCGUGUACUCGCAGCGACGUCGUGGAGACCGCUGGCAAGACCAGGCCAUACUCUUUGCACUUUCGACAAGUACUCUAUUGGGUCUUGGUCUCGGAUAUGAUUUGCAGACUACAAUCCUCAGUAUCGUAUCUUGGGCUGUCAUAGCUGCCCUCGUCUUAAGCUCUGUCAGCCAUGAGAUUGUACGCCGAGUCGGUACAAAUAAUGUCGAUCCGGACGACGCUGAGGAGAGACUCUUCGAGGUGAAACUCUGA